AUGUUGACGUCCGUUGCGGCUCUGAUCGGCCUCUUGGCCUUCGCUGAUGCCGCUCACACGCACGGCCACGCCCACCUGCACCGAAGCCACAACCUUUCAGAUGAUCUGUUGGAAAAGCGCGGCGGACAGUGUCAAUUUCCUACCGGUGCCGGCUUGGUCGCGGUCACCCCGGGUUCGGAAAACGCAGGAUGGGCCAUGAGUCCUGAUCAACCGUGCAAGCCAGGCAACUGGUGCCCUUAUGCAUGCCCUCCAGGACAAGUCUCGAUGCAGUGGAAUCCCGAUGCCACUUCCUACACCUAUCCUCAGUCCAUGGAUGGUGGAUUGUAUUGCGACGAGAACGGCAAAAUUCAAAAGCCAUUCCCCAACAAGCCCUACUGCGUCGACGGAACUGGCGCCGUUAAUGCCGUCAACAAGGCAGGCAAGCCUCUUUCUUUCUGCCAGACCGUUCUCCCCGGUAACGAAGCGAUGCUUAUCCCGACUUUGGUCGAGGGUACUGCUGCUCUCGCUGUUCCUGACCCUUCGUACUGGUGCUCAACCGCUGCUCACUACUACAUCAACCCUCCCGGAACUGGUAAUGAAGGCUGCAUUUGGGGAACAAGCGCCAACCCCGUCGGAAACUGGGCCUACUUCGUCGCCGGCGCCAAUACCGAUUCCAGUGGAAACACCUUCGUCAAGAUCGGCUACAACCCAGUUGUUCAAGAAGCCGCCACCCCAUUCCGUAAUACUCCUGCUACUUUCGGUGUCGAGAUUACAUGCGACGAGGGCGCUGGCUGCAACGGUCUGCCCUGCAAAAUCGAUCCUUCCGUCAACGGUUUGAACCAAGUCACCUCGGCCGACAGCGCCGACGGCGCCGGUGGUGCUGCCUUCUGCGUUGUUACCGUUCCCAAAGGCAAGACUGCAAACAUUGUUGUUUUUGAAGCCGGAAGCAGCGGCAGUGGUAGCUCCUCCAGCAGCAAGUCCAGCAGCAGCAGCUCAAGCUCUUCUACGUCUACCACCCCAACGACAACCGCUGCUUCUACAACCACGUCUCAUAGCUCGACUGCCUCAACGUCCACCUCAAGCCCGACGUCUUCUACACCAAGCAGCACCACUUCAUCCACAUCGUCGUCCUCUGACUCUUCAACUGACGGCUCGUCUACUCCAUCGUCAACCCCGAAAUCAACCUCGGCUAGCUACAGUUAUGCACCACAUGUCUUCGCUGAAACAGCCGCCAGUGGAGACAGCAGUGCUGCGGCUACUCAUGCUAGCGGUUCGACGGCUUCGCCUUCCGCCAGCCCAUCCUCCGCCGCAUCGCCAAUGUCGACUGGCUCGAUGACCGGUCUCGCCUUGUGCCUGAUGGCCGGCAUCAUGAUGCAAUAUUAA